AUGGCUUUGGUAGCCACCGUUGUGAUGGCUGAUGUUUCCGAAUUGGCUUAUGAUUAUCAUGCUUCGGUCCCCAUGGAAACUUAUUUCGAACCCGUAAUUUCAGCUAAUAGCUAUCUACCACCACCACCAGCCGCAUCGGCACCCGUCGAAACAUAUGCUCCAGAAGAAAAUAAUCUUAAUAGCUAUCUUCCACCAGUUGGUGCAUCUGUUCCAGCACCAGAAUAUUAUGCUCCUCCAGCUACCAAUACAAACGGUUAUCUACCUCCCAAGGCUUCAGCAUCAAUUCCCAUGGAAACAUAUACUGCUCCUGCUGUAAACAAUGAAUAUCUUCCUCCUGUUCCCUCAGUACCAGUACCCAUGGAAACAUACACUCUUCCAGAAGUUAACUACAAUGGUUAUCUUCCACCAGUUUCUUCCAAUACUGAAAUUUCAUAUGCUACUCCCAUAGCUGAGAGUGCUCCCGUUGAUGAUACUUACAGUGAAGCUGUAAACGAACCAUCUUCUGCAGUUGAUGACUCUGCUGCUGCUGGCACAGAAUUCGGUGAUGAUGGUUAUCGUUAUAAGACUGUCCGUCGUCGUAUUUAUCGUAAACGUUUGUAG